UGGCGGAAAUAUUGACAUGGAUUGGACUAAAAAACCAUUCAGCUCUGAAGACCAAUAACUAAUGUCAGGCAAUGAAGCUGUUGGCGCAUUAAAAUGAGAGCAGGUGCAAGUCAUCGACAAAAGAAAAUUCGUUAUGGCGAGCGACAAACCGUUGAGCAAUGAACUUGUUGAGAAAUAUCUGGAUGAUCAUCAAGAUUUUGCUAAGAGCUACUUUGAGCGAAAGGCAACUUCCUCUAUGGUCGAUCACUGGAUGAGCAGUAGAUCGCACAGACCUGGCUCACGGGCUAUGCAAGUGAACCAUCUUCAGAGAGACAGCAUCAAACCUCAGCUAAUUCUCAAAACAGAUGGCGAAUUCGAGAAUGACAAGCUGAACUCAAUAUUUAGAUCGGCUCGCGAUGAACGGAAACGUUCUUCACCUCGACGUAAAUCCAACCUCGGAGAUUUGGAUGAAAGAGAAUUGUUUAUGGAACUGAUAAGAGACAUCGCAAACGAGUUAGACAUAAAUAUGCUGAGCCACAAAAUCCUUGUUAACGUUAGUAUAUUGACAAACGCUGAUCGCUGCUCGCUUUUUCUUGUACGAGGUUCGCGUGGAAAUAAAGUUCUAGUAUCUAAGCUUUUCGACGUGACAUCUGAAUCCACGGUCGAUGAGUCAUUACGAUUGGAGAAGGACGAAAUUUGCGUUCCCUUAGGAGUUGGUAUUGCGGGACAUACGGCUGCUACGGGCGAAACUAUCAACAUUAAUGACGCAUAUUCGGAUCCUCGAUUUAACUCAGAAGUCGACAAGACCACUGGUUACCGAACACAGUGUAUUCUAUGUAUGCCGAUCAAAAGUCAUGAUGGCGAGGUAAUCGGAGUAGCGCAGAUCAUAAACAAGAAGUCAGGUAAACACCAGUUUACUCAAAAGGACGAAGAGGUUUUCAAGAAUUAUCUAACUUUUUGUGGAAUUGGGAUUACAAAUGCUCAGCUUUUCGAAAUUUCCGUACAGGAGUACAACAGAAAUCAGAUCCUUCUUCAACUUGCACGUGGAAUAUUUGAAGAGCAGAGUAACCUAGAUACAUGUGUCCAUAACAUUAUGGUUGAGGUACAACAAUUACUUGAUGUUGAAAGAUGUAUGGUUUUCCUCAGGGACGAGUCUUGCGAAACUCAAGCGACCAUAUUUUCCAAGGCCUUUGAUCUUCACCCAGGAGCUGUUGAUGAUACAGGACCAAAGACAAGUAAAACUCAUUGGUCAAUGAACACUGGUAUUGCUUCAUUGGUGGGAAGUUCUGGCAAGGCUUUGAAUAUUCCUGAUGCCUAUGCUGACAGUCGGUUUAAUCCAGAGGGAGAUAUUGAAAGUGGAUUCAAGACAAAGUCUAUUCUUUGUAUGCCAAUUUUUGACAGACAGCAGAAAAUUGUAGGUGUUGCACAGUUGCUCAAUAAGAACAGUGGUAAACCUUUUACUGAAGGUGAUGAGAAGCUUUUUGAGGCAUUUGCAAUCUUCUGUGGCCUUGGAAUUCACAAUGCCUUGAUGUAUGAGCAGGCUUGUAAGCUGCUUGCUAAGCAGUCUGUUGCUAUGGAGGUGUUGUCAUACCAUGCUUCAGCUCAGCAAUCAGAAGUUAAUAAAAUAAUGAGUCAGGAAAUUCCUUCUGCUAAUGAUUUCAAGCUGUACACUUUUGACUUCAGUGACUUUGAAUUGACAGAUGAUGACACUAUCCUUGCAUCAAUACAAUUAAUGCAGGAGCUUGAUUUCAUGAAUGCUGUGCACACAAAGCAACUGACACUCUGUAGAUGGUUACUGAGUGUAAAGAAAAACUAUCGACCUGUCAUUUAUCACAACUGGAGACACGCCUUUAAUGUGGCACAGAGCAUGUUUACAAUGAUUACAACUGGUAACAUGAGAAGGUUUUUCACUGAUUUGGAGGUGUUUGCUUUGGUCAUUGCAUGUUAUUGUCAUGAUCUUGAUCAUCGUGGUACCAAUAAUGCAUUUCAAACAAAGACAGAAUCUCCACUGGCCCAGUUGUACGGCACUUCCACCAUGGAACACCAUCAUUUUGAUCACUGCAUUAUGAUCUUAAAUUCAGAGGGAAACAAUAUAUUCGAGGAGUUGUCACCAGAUGAUUAUCGAGCAACAAUCAAGAUUUUGGAGCACGCCAUCUUGUCCACAGACCUUGCGCUGUAUUUCCAGAAGAGAGGCAAUUUUGAGCAGAUUGUACAUUCAGACUCGACUGACUGGACUACACAAUCCAACCUUGAAAUUUUAAGAGCAAUGAUGAUGACAGCUUGUGAUGUGGCAGCCAUCACUAAGCCGUGGAACGUCCAACAGCAGGUAGCUGAGCUAGUUGCAAGCGAGUUUUUCGAACAAGGUGACCUGGAGAGAUUACAACUCAAUUCUGAACCUAUUCCAAUGAUGGAUAGGAAAAAGAAAGAUGAGCUCCCAAAGAUGCAAGUUGGUUUUAUCGACUUCAUCUGUAUGCCGGUGUAUCAGUUAUUUUAUGACUUGGAACCUUGUCUGAAACCUCUUUAUGAUGGAUGUGUUAACAACAAAAACAACUGGCUGGCCUUGGCGGAUAAGAACACUCAGGAAGCAAUGAUGGACUCAAAGGAAGACAACAGCGAUGCAAAUAACAAUAACAAGGACUUAGCUGCCGAGAAAAACGAUAAACUAAUAACACCAGAACGUAAGGUUUCUCAAACAAAAGAUUCAACUAGUGAGGGAAAAGUAAGAAACAAAGACAAGAAAUCGAAAACAUGUAGUAUCUUGUAAGAUAGUUGUUUCCAUGGCACUAAUUGAAAUUUUAAUUAUUUACAUAGUGCUCGUUUGCUUUGUCUCAUUUAAGAGGCUACGAGUACUUUAUAUUCAUGGAACAUAAUUUUUGGGUCUACUCCCAAUCCCUUAAAUGUUUAAGACUUAAAUUUCUAAAUUGUUGGCUUUUUCACUUCGUUUGCCAGUGCAAUUUAUUUAAGUAACGUAACUACUACAAAUUUAUUUAUGAAGACUUGAUUGUUUCUCCUGUUAAUAAGAAUGUGAUACUAAGCAUUAUGGACUUACUCUGUACAAAGAAAUAACAAUAUGACGCAACUACAAUAAAGUUUUACUCAAUUUU